AUGGAGCCGCCUGCCAAAAGAUCACGGAAAUUUUUCGAGGACAGCGGGUCCGACAGCGACGAUGACGCUCAGGGGGGCGUCGCCGUGCCUCCAGAAAGCGGGUUCAAAAUCAACCAGGAAUAUGCCCGGCGAUUCGAAUACAAUAAAAAGAGAGAGGAGCGACAGCAGCUGGAGUUGAAAUUAGGCAAGACUUCCUCCGCGGGAAACCGCAAACAAUUCGGCCCUGAAGGAGAUGCUGGUGAAUCAGAAGAAAGUUCCGAAGAGGACGAAGACGAAGAGGGCGAGCUUAUGACCCAAGCCCUUGACACCGAGAUCAUGGAUACCCUAAAUGCUAUCCGGUCAAAAGACCCCCGGGUUUACGACAAAGACGUCACGUUCUACUCGGAGGUUACUCAAGACCAAGAAUCGGAGAAUCAACCAAAAAAGGAGAAGCCCUUGUUCCUUCGCGACUACCACCGACAGAAUCUCCUGAACGGCGAUGCAGCAAACGGAGACGAAGACACCCCAAAGACAUUUGCACAGGAACAAGAAGAUCUUAAGAAAAACGUUAUUCGGGAGAUGCAUGCCGCAGCGAAUGACGGCGGUUCCGAUGAUGACGAAGAGGGCGACUUUCUUAUUGCAAAAUCAAAACCCGAGCCUGCUGGAGAUGCUCGCACCAAAUCCCAGGUCCAGCUGGACGUUGAACACGCGAAUGAGAACCCCGAAAAAUUCCUUUCAGAGUUCCUCUCAUCCCGAGCAUGGGUACCUACCAAGUCAUCUAAAUUCCAGCCGUUUGAAUCCGACGACGACGAAAAAGAAGAAGAAGCAGAGGCCUUUGAAGAGGCAUACAACUUUCGAUUCGAGGACCCGGAGAAAAUGAACGAGAAGCUUCUCACGCAUGCCCGUGAUGCUACGAAUCAAAUGUCUGUGCGUCGAGAAGACACUAGUGGCCGAAAGAAGAAGAGGGACGCAGAGUAUCAGAAGAAAGAAGAACGGAAGCGAGAGAGAGACAGCCAAAAGAAUCGGUUACGCAAACUGAAGAUGGAGGAGCUAGAAGAAAGGGUGAAAAAGAUCAAACAGGCUGCAGGGCUCAAAGCCGCUACUAUCACCGAAGAAGAGUGGGUACAAUUCCUUGACGAAAAUUGGAACGACGAAGGAUGGGAGAAGGAAAUGGCGAAACGAUUCGGUGAUGAAUACUACGCGGCCGAUGACCUGGAGUUUGACGACAAUGACGACGACGACGAAGCCGGUAGCAAGAAGAAAAAACGCCCCAAGAAGCCUACAUGGGACGAUGACAUUGAUAUCAAAGACCUUGUCCCCGACUUUGAUGAAGAAGCUGAACCCGGCGUUGAUCUUACCGACGAGGACAUGGCAGAUGGCGGCAGUGGAGAAGAAGAUGGCGACGAAGAGGAAGGUGGCAGCAAGAAGAAGAAAAGCCGCACGCAAGAGAAGCACGAAAAGAAGCGGUCUACGCGUAAAGAGCGCCGUCGACUUGAAGAAGCCGUUGACCGCAACCUGGAGCUUGACCCGACUCUUCUCCCCGGCGCAACCAAGAAGAACUCUUCACACUUUCGAUACCGCGAGACUUCUCCGCAGAGCUUUGGCCUGACGCCUCGGGACAUCCUCAUGGCAGACGACACACAGCUGAACCAGUUUGUCGGCUUGAAAAAGCUUGCUUCCUUCAGAGACGCCGAACGGAAACGCCGCGACCUGAAGAAGAUGGGCAAGAAAGCCCGGCUACGCCAAUGGCGCAAGGACACGUUUGGAACGGAGGAGGAGCCUCAGUUCGAGCUUACACAGGCUCCUGCGCCUGGCGGUGAGGAGAAGGGAGAUGAGAUGGACAUUGACAUUCGCGAGGGAGGGUCACGGAAGAAGCGCAAGAGGUCGAGAAAGCACUAG